GGAGAAGAGGAGGGGCGCCCACUGCGCAGGCGUCGCUCGCACCUUGUUGAUUAGUCAGUCCGUGCUGGGAUGGCGUUUACUGGGUCAGCUGGAGCUGCAAGCAGAGGAGCCAGCGGGAAGAGCCGCCGCCGUCUGUGCAACCCACGCCGCCGCCGCCGCUGCUGGGGGGCCGGCGGAGGAGCAGCAGCAGCUGUCGGCGGAGACUCGCCUUGCUUUUAAGCCAAGCCCAUCAUGGCCUGGGGAGGCGGCGGCGGCAAGAGUCGAGGCUGAGGAGGGCGAAGCAGCCACCAGACGACCCCCGCCGCCUCCCGGACCCCAAAAAGGGUGGGAACAUGGAUGCGGGCCCCUCGCCGGGCUCCAGUCUGAAGGAUGUGAAGUGGAGUGCCGUGUCUGUCCCGCUGGACCUGCUGGAGAAGCUAUAGAAGGUCUUAGAGAGAGUGAUUACCUUUUGAUUCAUUCAUGCCGACAGUGGACCACAAUUACAGCUCAUAGUCUGGAGGAGGGACAUUACGUCAUAGGGCCGAAGAUAGAAAUCCCUGUGCAUUAUGCUGGGCAGUUUAAGCUGCUGGAACAAGACCGUGAUAUUAAGGAGCCAGUGCAGUAUUUUAACAGUGUGGAGGAGGUGGCUAAAGCAUUUCCUGAACGAGUUUACGUCAUGGAGGAAAUAACAUUCAACGUUAAGGUGGCUUCGGGCGAAUGCAACGAAGACACCGAGCUUUACAACAUCACCCUCUGCACGGGAGACGAGCUGACAUUAAUGGGGCAAGCGGAAAUCCUCUAUGCAAAAUCUUCCAAGGAGAAGUCGCGGCUCAACACCAUCUUCAAGAAAAUCGGAAAGCUCAAUUCCAUCAGCAAGCUGGGCAGAGGCAAGAUGCCGUGCCUUAUCUGCAUGAACCACAGGACCAACGAGAGCAUUAGCCUGCCUUUCCAGUGCAAGGGCCGCUUCAGCACGCGCAGUCCCCUGGAGCUGCAGAUGCAGGAGGGAGAACACACCAUUCGCAACAUCGUAGAGAAGACGCGGCUGCCCGUGAACGUGACUGUGCCGAGCUCUCCGCCGCGAAACCCUUACGACCUGCAUUUUGUCCGCGAGGGGCACCGCUACAAGUUUGUCAACAUUCAGACCAAGACUGUGGUGGUUUGCUGUGCGCUGCACAGUAACAAAAUCAUUCCCAUGCACUUCCCUUUGCAUUUGGCUCUUCCAAAGUUCACGCUCCCCGAAAGCCUUGUGAAAGGGGAGGUGGGCCAUGAAGCCUUUGUCAAGCACUGGUUCAAUCUCUGCGAAGAGCAGUUUGACAUAGACGAGUAUUCCCGCGGCGUGAGAGAUGUGAAGGCCGACUGGAAUGAAGAGUGCAAAAGUCCGCAGAAAGCCCGGCCCCACAGCCACAACCACAUGCCAAACUCUCUUAGCUACGCUCGGGACGAGUUGACGCAAUCAUUCCACCGCCUCUCGGUUUGCGUUUAUGGAAACAACCUCCAUGGAAACAGCGAGGUGAACCUUCACGGCUGCAGGGACUUGUGCAACGAGUGGGCUUUAUUCUCCCAUGAUGCCCUGCAGUGCCAGGACUCUGGCGAUGGCAGCAGCGACUACCUGUUCCCUGAAGUUUGUGAAGAAUCGUUGUGUUUACCUACCAAACCGGAACUUCCUUAUGAGGAACUGUGGCUGGACCAGGGGGGUGGGAAAAUGAGUGAUCAGCCUCUCACUCGCUCACAAAGUGAGAAGAACAAAUGUGACAGCUAUAGGAGUUCUUUCCGGUCCAAGUGCGGCAAUUCUUCUCUUCCGGCACCUGGACCUUUAACAGUAACAUCAAAAUCUCCAGAAGUUUCCCUACCUCCACCACCUGUGCCUCCUAAAUCAGAAGCAGUCAGAGAAGAAUGUAGACUCCUGAAUGCCCCUCCCGUUCCUCCACGAAAUUCAAAGCCAACAUCCACCAGUCCAUCUAUUCCUCCGCGGACAAACAAACCAGCACGGCAGCAGACUCGUUCUCCUAGUCCAACGCUCUCGUACUAUUCAUCAGGGCUGCAUAACAUCAAUGCUGCAGAAGGAGAAGCUGAGUCUGCCUCUGAGAGUGCUCCUGUUGCUUGCUAUCCGUGCAGCACAGUGAAGGCUGACGUACAAGAUUUUGGCAACCUACUGCCUUUUGGAAACCCCUCUGCUGAUGCUCUGUCCUCCAGGCUGUCGUGGCCAAAUCAUUGUUCCGGAGCUGCUGAAGGCCUUAACAGGGGUGAAUUUCUAUUGGACCCAAGCAGGAGUUACAGUUAUCCAAGACAGAAGACUCCUGGCACACCAAAGAGAAACUGCCCAGCAACUUUUACAUUUGACUUGGAUAGAAGUGAAUUUCCUGUAGGGGACACCCUGCCAGCUGCAGCAGAGCCUGGGUGUGCAGUGCCCACUUGCCCAAAGUCGGCGAGUUACUCUCUCGAGUGCACCGAUGAGAAGAGCCUGGAAGUCAGUAGCACACCGCAGUCUCUCUCGUGUCCUGCCUUACCCCCUCGUGCACCAAAAGCGGCAGAUGAGAAGCCCGGCCUUGACUUGUGUCCACUGCCUUUCAGGAUUGAUGGUGCCGAGGAAGAGCCGCAGGCAGGCUCGCCAGACCUUUCUGAAGAUCAGUACCUUGGCAAAAAGGGCAUGCAAGACAUCUUUGCCAUCCCUUAUCCUUUCUCAUCUCCCCUCCACCUUCAGCUGGCACCAAGGUCCUGCGGCGACGGCUCUCCUUGGCAGCCCCCUGUGGAUCUGUCUGGACUUUCAAUAGAGGAAGUUUCUAAAUCUCUGAGGUUUAUAGGUUUAUCUGAGGAUGUCAUAUCCUUUUUCGUUACAGAGAAGAUUGACGGCAACUUGCUUGUUCAACUCAAUGAAGAGAUCCUUUUGGAGGACUUCAAGCUAAGCAAGUUGCAGGUUAAGAAAAUACUGCAGUUCAUUAACGGCUGGCGACCUAAAAUGUAGUGCUACGAAGCCGGUGCAAUAAAUGUCAAGAAGGAGGUGUGCCAGAGGCACCGGGGCUAACACACAGUCUCUCGUUUUUGUUUUUGUUUUUUGCACUAAAAUCCUUUGUUGCUCUUAUGUAAAUAUAGUAGCA